GUCUACUCUCCCUCCCUACACACUCAUACUCACGCUACACGAAUCGGCUCUCUACCUCCCCAAACCAGAAGCAAUGGCAGCAGCAGCUCAUCUGCCAUUAAAGUUAGGGCUCAGAGUUUCCGGCGCCGCAGCUCAUUCGGAUCCCGGAGGAGGAGUGUUUCCUUCGUUUUUGCCCAAGCAAGUCCAGUAUAUUAAAGAUCCCUACGCCAGAAGCUUGGCUCAGAGGAUCCAGAGGCUUCCUGUUCCCAUUGGAGUUUCCGAAGCCUGUAUCAUGAGCAGCUGCGUUACGCCGGCCGUGCGUCGCGAAGCCGCGGCUCCUGUCGUUCUUCUCCACUGCUUUGAUAGCUCUUGUUUGGAGUGGAGAAGUGUGUAUCCAUUGCUGGAGGGUAAUGGUUUGGAAGCUUGGGCGAUCGAUGUUCUCGGAUGGGGAUUCUCCGACCUAGAAGGACGACCGCCGUGCGAUGUUCCGGCGAAGAGAUGCCAUCUUUACCAGCUUUGGAAGUCUCACAUUAGACGGCCGAUGACACUGGUCGGCCCGAGCCUAGGCGCCGCCGUUGCCAUCGAUUUCGCCGUCAAUUUUCCUGAAGCUGUGGAUAAAUUGGUGUUGAUUAAUCCACAGGUUUAUGCAAACAGAACGGGGUUUACAAAACUACCGAAAUUCAUGGCAUAUGCAAUGGCCUCUCUGCUAAAGAGCAUGCCGGUUCGAUGGUAUGCUAAAGUCCUUGUUUUUGACGGCAUUUCAUUAUCUAAGAUCUUAGACUGGACCAACGUGGGGCGCCUCCACUGCCUCUUGCCAUGGUGGGAAGAUGCAAUGGUCAAUUUCAUGCUCAGUGGCGGGUAUAAUGUCUCUGACCAAAUUAAAAAGAUUCUGCAGGUGAAGAAGAGAACUCUUUUGAUCUGCAGUGAACAUGAUAAAAUCGUCGAUAUCAAAUUUGCCGAGAGACUGCAAAAUGAGCUGCUGAAUGCAACCAUGCAAAAACUACCCGAUUGCGGCCAUAUGCCUCACAUCGAGAAGCCCAAUGUGGUGGCGAAGUUGAUAGCGGAUUUCUCCAGAAGGGCUGCCGCUGAAGAGAGAACGGUGUCGUUCAUCGUCAACGGAAUCUCCUAUAGAAACAAACAAAUACACCAUUGAGAAAUCACGACAAGAAAAUGAACCAGAUGCCUACUAGGUGUUUAAAUAGUCGUUGUAGGCUCUGUUCUCUAUCCUUAAUAUAUCGAGCAUUCAGUUACAGGCCAGAUAUUGUUACGAGUAAUCUUAAUCUUUUGUACAACUGUAUGUAGAAAUUUGCUUCAUUAUAUUCUUCAUUUUGAUGAGUGCCAA